UAGGCACAAUCGUUUACAUCUCUUUUCAGUGAUUUGUAGGUUAUGUGUGUUCUGUGGUCAACAGACUGUUUUUUAUGGUGUUUGGUGACUGCAUAUGACAAUAGCAAUACGAACGCUACAAACAAAAAUUUCCGAACCACAAUAAGUUAUUUAGGAAUUAAUUUUCAGAUUGCCAGAAAUUGUACAACAGUUUAUAAUUGGCAAAACUCAUAUGUGUCUUAUUUUAAUAACUUAUUGCAAAACACUGGUACAGGAAAAAGUAACCAGUUAUUCACAUGCAGGCUAAUCAUUCAAACAGAAAAUCGUAAUGAGUGAUUUUAAACCAAGAUUUAUUAAGCCCUCAGAAACUUCAAGUUUCCUAGACAGAAACGAAGCUAGAGCUAGCGAAACGACGGACUUCGUUUAUAAUAAAUUUAUAUCUCAGUCUAUUCAAACUCAGAGACAAAACUUGCCAAUAUUUAAAAGUAGGAACAGUAUACUUUAUUUACUCGAAAAGUUCCAAACUUUAAUCCUGGUGGGAGAAACUGGAUGUGGGAAAAGUACACAGAUACCACAGUAUAUGAUAGAGGCUAAUUGGCCCGGACAAAUAGGAGUAUGUGAACCUCGAAGGGUAGCAGCCAUAUCAUUGGCAAACCGAGUGGCGGAUGAAACCGACACCCUAGUACAACAGGAUAUGGUAGGAUACGCCGUAAGAUUCGACGCUUGCACGAACAACCCCAAAAUAAAAUACAUGACCGAAGGAAUACUAUUGAGGGAAAUGAUGUCAGAUCCUCUUUUGAAAAGUUAUUCUGCAAUAAUGCUGGAUGAAGUACACGAGCGGACAAUGUACACCGACAUACUAAUGGGCUUAAUGAAAAAAAUUUUGCGGAAAAGGCCCGAAUUACGUAUAAUAGUGGCUUCAGCUACAUUGGACGCCAAAGAACUUUUUGAGUUUUUCAAUCAUAAAAAUGGAACGAAUGAUUCGGCAGUUGUAUUAACCGUUUCAGGAAGACAAUUUCCAGUAGAAAUAUUUUAUACUGCAGAACCCGUUUCAUGUUAUGUACAAGCAACAGUGGAUACAGUUUUAAAAAUAAACUCGUCAAAAAGUGAAGGUGACAUUUUGGCUUUUCUAACGGGUCAGGAAGAAGUUGACCGGGCAGUUAGGUUGUUACGGGAACACGCCGACGUAAUUGAAAAUUCCAAUGGAAAGAACAAAAUGGAAGUUUUACCUUUGUACGGCUCGUUGCCAUAUCAUGAGCAACUCAAGGUAUUUAAGUCGGCUCAGAAAGGAUAUAGAAAAGUAAUAGUGUCAACAAAUGUAGCAGAAACAUCUGUCACCAUUCCAGGGAUUGUACAUGUUAUAGAUUGCGGAUUUGUAAAAACGUGUUGGUUUAACUGCGAGACACAUACGGACACACUAGUAAUCUUGCCAAUUAGUAAAGCCUCCGCAGAUCAAAGAGCAGGAAGAGCUGGUAGAAUGAGGGCUGGUAAAGUCUUUAGGUUGUAUACAGAAGAAUAUGCUGCAAAGCUGGCUGAUAACACACCUCCUGAAAUUGUUAGAACCAAUUUAACAUACGCUGUCUUACAACUUAAAGCUUUAGGCAUUCAUAACAUAUUGACAUUUAAAUUUCCCAGUCAGCCACAACUAAAAAAUUUGAGAAGUGCUUUAGAAAUUCUAUAUGCUUUAGAUGCCAUUGACUUGCAAGGGGAGUUGACAAAACCUUUAGGUUUUCAUUUGUCAGAAUUUGCCUUAAAUCCUUUAUACACCAAAGUUAUAUUAAGCUCAGGUGAAUUUGGGUGCUCAGAGGAAAUUUUAACAAUUAUUUCCAUGCUUCAAGUGGAAUGUAUUUUUACAAAACCAUCAUCGGGAAACAUGAUUGUAAAGUCUAGAAUCCAGAAGAGACAUUUUGAAGUUGAAGAGGGUGAUUUAAUAACAUAUUUAAAUGUGUUCAAUGGCUUUAUUCAAAGUGAUAAAUCUAGGGAAUUUUGUCACAAAAAUUUUAUUAACUAUAGGUCGUUAAAAAGGGUCGUUGAAAUUAGAGAGAGGCUCGAAAAAGUUAUGAAAAAUUAUGACGUACCAAUUAUAUCUUGUCAAAGAUACACAGAUGCUAUACGCAAAUGUUUAGUUAAAGGACUUUUCCCUAAUGCAGCAUACCUGCAUCAUAGUGGUGUGUAUAAAACUGUAAGAGGAGAUGUUGACUUAUAUGUUCACCCUGACAGUUGUUUAUAUACUAUUAAACAACCUCAAUGGGUAAUAUUUUGUGAAAUUAUUCAUACCACAAAAUUAUUUAUGAAAGACAUCACAGUAAUUGAAAGAGAUUGGCUCUUGGAACUGGCUCCCCACUUUUAUUACAAAACUUCAUUUAAGGAUUAUCUAGGUUAAAAUAAAAAUAAUUAAUCUUU